AUGGGCGAGUUCGAGGACCAGUGGGAGGACGAGCUCGCCGAGGACGCCGACCUGGGCGAGGACGAGGACGGCGCAGGGAUGGAGGUCGACGGCGGCGACCAGGAGGAGGCGCGGCCACCUUCGCCCAAGCCCUACCUGCCCGGCGGCAAGCUCGAGGAGGGCGAGUACCUCGCGCCCGACCUGUCGACCUACCCGCUCCUCCACUCGUUCGUCCCGACCUGGCCGUCCCUCUCGUUCGACAUCCUGCGCGACAACGACGGCGAGGAGCGCAGGGGCUACCCGGUGUCGUGCGCGCUCGUCGCCGGCACUCAGGCGCAGGACCCGACCGCCAACGAGGUCACGGUCAUGAGGUGGGAGAGCUUGGGCAAGACGAGGCGCGACGAGAACGAUGACGACGAGGACUCGGACGACGACGACACGGACGACGACCCCGUCCUCACGUACCGCUCGAUCCCGCACAAGGGCGGCGUCAACCGCAUCCGCGCACGACCGCUCGGCAACCCGCUGUCGACCGGCCCUCCCCUCCCGCCCAACCCCUACCACGUCGCCACGUUCGCCGAGACGGGCAAGGUCCACAUCUUCGACGUCGCGCCGCACCUCAACUCGCUCCUGUCGCCCGCCACCGCCUCGUCCACCCUGUCCAAGACGCCCUUGUUCACAAUCAACAGCCACGGCCGCGCAGAGGGCUUUGCGCUCGACUGGGCCAAGCCCAUCGGCGGCGCAUCGAGCUCUGCCCGCCUCCUGUCGGGCGACAUCCACAGCAAGAUCUACCUCACGACCCUUACCCCGACGUCGGCGACGCCCUCGCCGAAACCGUUCACGUCCCACACCGACUCGAUCGAGGACAUCCAGUGGUCGCCGAGCGAGGCGACCGUGUUUGCCUCGUGCUCGUCCGACCGCUCGAUCCGCGUGUGGGACGUCCGGGUCAAGGACCGCAAGAGCGUCAUCGGCGUCGCAGGCGCGCACGACAGCGACGUCAACGUCAUCAGCUGGAACCUGUCGACCAACUACCUCCUCGCGUCCGGCGGCGACGAGGGCGGCAUCAAGGUGUGGGACUUGCGCAACUUCAAGGGCACCAAGGCGCCCGCACCGACGCCCGUCGCCGCGUUCAACUGGCACACCGGGCCCAUCACGUCGAUCGAGUGGCACCCGACCGACGAGUCGUGCUUCGCCGCCGCCGGCGCCGACGACCAGGUCACGCUGUGGGACCUCUCGGUCGAGGAGGACGAGGACGAGCGGCCGACGGGCGACGACGCCGACCGUCUCAAGGACGUGCCCGCACAGCUCCUCUUCUGCCACCAGGGCCAGCAGGACAUCAAGGAGGUGCACUGGCACCCGCAGGCGCCCGGCGUCGUCGUCUCGACCGCGUCCGACGGGUUCAACAUCUUCCGCGCACUCCCCUUCUCCUCGUAGACGCCUCUCUCCUCCCGAUUUGUCUCUCGUUCUCCCUUGUCUGCUGUAACCACCUCUGCGCCCCACC